GACGACACGGGUCGCCGCUAGGCGCGCGGCUGAGCUGCGCAGCCCCGGGCCCGCGGCCAUGCCCAAGCGGGGCUGUACUUUCGCGGACGCGGCCCCGCUGCAGCUGAAGGUCCGCGUUGGCCAGAGGGAGCUGAGCCGCGGCGUAUGCGCCGAGCGGUACUCGCGGGAGAUCUUCGAGAAAACCAAGCAGCUCCUUUUUCGAGGGGCCCAGGCCUAUAUGGACCACUUGUGGGAGGAAGGCUGUGCCAUCGUUGACCUGCCAGAGUCCCCGAAGCCUGGCCCCACAGAGGCCCUUGGGACCCCCCGUGGGCAGAUGCUGAUCGGACCGGAUGGCCGACUGACCAGGAGCCGAGCCCAGGCCUCCGAAGCUGCUGUGGUGACGUUCAGGAGACGGUGCUCUGUGGCAGCUGUGCCACGUUCGAGGCCUGAGGGCCGGGAGCGGACGACAGCCUUCCUGGACGGCCGCGCCGGUGGCGACGCCGAGGGACCCUGGGGGGCGGGGGUGUCUAUUUUAUAUUUUGUACUGAGAGCGGAAGCGAAUAAACCCCUUUGUAUUUGGACCAGAGGACUCGCUGAACAGUUCUGGGGUGUGGCCUUCUGGAGACCUCUGUGCCUGCUCCCCCAUCUUGUACGUGGGAAACGGGCGUCCAGAGUCUGCUGUUUCCAGCCCUUGCAGCCAGCAGUGGUGAGAGAGGACAGACUCUACAGUUCGUGGCCACGGUGCCAGAGUGGCUCGGCGUUGGUGUCCCAGACUGUCCCUCACGUGUCCCCAUCUGGGUGCCCGCGUGGUCGGGGCUCCCGGUGACCUGACAGUCACUGCUGUCUGGGAGUGACGGCCGGGCAGUCCUCACGUCGGGGGCGGCCGAUAGGAGCAGCGGGGCGGCUGGACCGGCAGGCCGUGGGUCUCCGUCACCUGGAGCCUCCACCCUGGUCCCCACACGCGAGGCUCCCCUGCC